AUGGCAGCGUCAAGGACCACAACACAUCUUUCAAAGAAUGUGCUGCAGAUGAAAUUCAUGCAGCGGAGUGUGCUGAGAAUAGAAAAAGAACAGAAUGAAGAAGACAGACAGAAGACAAUCGAUGAUGAGCACUGGGUCUUGGACUGCCCAGAAUAUAAAUCAAAAGAAUCCAAGUUUUUAAAAGACCAAAGCUACAUAACGUGCGAACAGCUAAUGUUGGGACGACAGUCUUUCCGUGGAUUUAACCCAGAUAUUGAG